AUGGCUGACCUCGACAUCAAAGCGAUUCACACCAACGUCUACCCGUCGAUCGACCCAUCCAACUUCCCCAAUACUCUCUCCGGAAAGAUCGCGUUCAUCACUGGUGCAGGCCGUGGUAUCGGGCGCGCAAUAGCGAUCGCCUUUGCUCAAGCUGGCGUGAAGGGUCUUGCCCUGCUUGCAAGGAGCACGGGAGAACUGGAGGAGACGGCUGAGUUAUGCAAGAAGGAGCGGGAGGUGCAGGUAUGCAUCUGCACUGCGGAUGCGGCAAAGACCAGUGAGCUGGACGCUGCGGUGGACAAAGCGGUGAAGGAAUUGGGGGAGAUCGACAUACUCGUCAAUAAUGCAGGUGCGAACAGGCUCAGGCCAUUCCAUAUGACGCCGCCAGACGAAUGGUGGAGCAUCCUUGAAGUGAACCUGCACAAUCCCGCACACCUCAUGUCCCGGGUGAUCAACCCGAUGCGCGCACGUAACUCUGGCCAGUACAUCAUUAAUAUCUCCUCCCGUGCAGCCGUGAUGGCGUCGCGGGGCUUCGCAAGUUCGUACACGUCGUCCAAGACAGCGCUGACGCGGAUGACCGCGUGCGUCCAGGCGGAGCUGACGAUGGACAACAUUGAUCGCGUGUGCUGUUUUUCGCUGCAUCCUGGCGGCCCGAAGACGAAGAUGAACUAUGGGCUUGUCGAACCCGAUGUGGACGCUGCCUACCCGGGGAUGCAUGAGCGGGUACGCAAGUUUGUGGAUAUUCAAGAGGAUACGGUUGAGCUUUGCGCGUGGACGGUGGUUUACCUCUGUUCGGGUAAGGCAGACAAGCUUAGGGGAAGGUACUUUGAUGUGGAGCAGGACGUGGGCGCUGUCAUGCAGCACGAGGAGGAGGUGCUGAGGGAUAAUCGAGGAGAUCUGAAGGUUGAUAUGGCGGGAGAUUGGACGUAUUUGACGUCGUCGACGAAUCAGAUGAAACAUUAG